GGUUUUGGCAUACUUCAGCAGAAUCAAGAAUGGUUCUUUCUCUCAAUAGAUGUGAUGCAGACCCAUCAGCCUUAGCCAACUAUGUUGUGGCGUUGGUCAAGAAAGACAAGCCAGAGAAAGAGCUGAAAGCUUUCUGUGCUGAUCAGCUGGAUGUCUUUCUGCAAAAAGAAACUUCAGGGUUUGUAGAUAAACUUUUUGAAAGUCUGUACACAAAGAGUUAUCUUCCUUCUCUUGAACCCACAAAAGUAGAAGCAAAGCCUGCAGGUCAGGAAAAAGAAGAAGUCAAGGAAGAGUUGUCUCUUAAGCAAAAUUUUCAAGAGUCAGCUGAAGAAGAGCGGGAUAGCAGGAAAAAGAAGUAUUCCAGUCCGCAGAGAAGCCGUGCAGAUUCCAGUGAACGAAGAACCAGAGACAAAAAGAGAGAUGAUGGGAAAUGGAGGGACUAUGACAGAUACUACGACAGGAGUGACUUGUACAGAGAGAAGUCUGGCUGGCGACGUGGCAGGAGUAAAAGUCGUAGUAAAAGCAGGGGGUUAAGUCGAAGUCGUAGUCGCAGUAGGGGUAGAAGCAAAGACCGUGAUGCAAACAGAAAUGUUGAACACCGAGAGAGAUCAAAAUUCAAGAGUGAAAGGAAUGAUGUUGAAGGCUCAUAUAAUCCAGUUUCUGUGUCUCCCAGUAAAUCUACUGAACAGUAUUCCUCUGCACAAUCUAUUCCCAGUGCUGUUACUGUAAUUGCACCUGCGCACCAUCUUGAAAACACAACAGAGAGCUGGUCAAAUUACUAUAACAAUCAUAGCAAUCCCAGUUCAUUUGGCAGAAACCCUCCUCCUAAAAGAAGAUGUCGAGAUUAUGAUGAGCGAGGAUUUUGUGUACUUGGUGAUCUUUGCCAGUUUGAUCAUGGAAAUGAUCCCUUAGUAGUAGAUGAAGUUUCCUUGCCAAGUAUGAUUCCUUUUCCUCCACCGCCUCCGGGACUUCCUCCUCCUCCUGGUAUGCUUCUGCCCCCUUUGCCAGGUCCAGCUCGUAAUAUGAGGUUGCCAGUUCCGCAAGCUCAUCCACAGGCACCACCUCCUGUUGUGCUUCCCGUACCAAGACCACCUUUAACACAGUCAAGUUUGAUAAAUAAUCGUGACCAGCCUGGGACAAGUGCAGUGCCCAGUCUUGCACCCGUAGGAGCAAGACUACCUCCUCCUUUACCCCAGAACCUACUGUAUACAGUAUCAGAACAUACAUAUGAGCCAGAUGGCUAUAACCCUGAAGCUCCUAGUAUUACCAGUGCUGGUAGAUCUCAGUAUCGACAGUUCUUUACAAGAGCACAAACGCAGCGUCCAAAUCUAAUUGGCCUAACAUCUGGGGAGAUGGAUACAAAUCCAAGAGCUGCCAAUAUUAUCAUCCAGACUGAACCUCCCAUUCCCAUUACAAAUAAUAGCAGCAACGUAACUAGAGUUGUCCUUGAACCAGACAGCAGGAAAAGAUCUCCAAGUAACAUGGAAUGUCCGCCAUUAAAGAAACCGUGGCUGGGAAAGCAAGCAAAUAACAACCAGAAUAAGCCAGGAUUUUUGAAAAAGAAUCAGUAUACUAAUACAAAAUUAGAAGUUCGAAAAAUUCCACCAGAAUUGAACAAUAUUACACAGCUCAAUGAACAUUUCAACAAAUUUGGAACUAUUGUAAAUAUUCAGGUUGCUUUCCAGAAUGAUCCUGAAGCUGCUCUAAUUCAGUACUUAACUAACGACGAGGCUAGGAAGGCAAUUUCCAGCACAGAGGCAGUUCUGAACAAUCGGUUUAUAAGGGUACUGUGGCACAGAGAAAGUGAACAGCAGUCCCCAUUGCUGCAGCAGCAACAGCAGCAGACACCCACACAGUCUCUUCAUCACCAACUUCACCUUCAGCAGCAAGCCCUGACCACAACUCCACCUGUAACAAUGCACAGCAAUCUGUCAAAGGUGAUGAAUAAACCACUGGCAUCUGGUGCCUAUGUCCUCAAUAAAGUCCCAGUGAAACGUCGCCUUGGAGCAGCAGGUGGAAACCAGCCUGACUUAAGCCAGUCUGGGGCUGUGGUAGAGGAUUCUCAGACAUUUCCUACUUCUACAAGCCACUCAAAAAUGGUUUACAGUUCUUCAAACUUAAAGACAUCUAUGAAGCCUGGUGGAGGGUCUAAACCUCACGAUGUGCAAGAAGCCCUUAAAAAAAAACAGGAGGCAAUGAAACUCCAACAAGACAUGAGGAAAAAGAAGCAGGAGAUGUUAGAAAAACAAAUAGAAUGCCAGAAAAUGUUGAUAUCCAAGCUGGAGAAAAAUAAGGCCAUGAAACCAGAAGAGAGAGCAGAAAUAAUGAAGACCUUAAAAGAACUAGCAGGAAAAAUAUCUCAGUUAAAGGAUGAAUUAAAAACUUCAUCUACAACUUCUACACCAUCAAAAUUAAAGUCCAAGACAGAGGCACAAAAGGAACUUUUAGAUGCAGAGCUGGACUUCCAUAAGAGACUGUCUUCUGGAGAAGACACAACUGAACUGCGAAAAAAGCUAAAUCAGUUACAAGUAGAGGCUGCCCGUUUAGGCAUUUUGCCUGUUGGUCGAGGAAAGACAGUGCCAGCCCAAGGAAGAGGACGAGGACGGGGUCGUGGUGGGAGAGGAAGGGGCAUGUUGAAUCAUAUGGUGGUGGAUCAUCGUCCCAAAGCACUGACAGUUGGAGGCUUUGUUGAAGAGGAGAAAGAUGAAUUGUUACAGCACUUCUCUAAAUUUGGAGAUAUUGAAGACCUUCAAGAAGAGGAUUCCCCAUUAAGUGUUGUUCUAACUUUUAAAUCUCGCUCAGAAGCUGAGAAUGCUGCUAACCAAGGAUCCCGGUUCAAAGACCGAAGGCUACAGAUAUCAUGGUACAAACCGAAGGUACCUUCUGUGUCCACAGAAAUCGAGGAAGAGGAGCCUAAGGAAGAGGAGACUGAAACCUCGGAUUUAUUUUUGCACGAAGAUGAUGAUGAUGAUGACGAAGAUGAGGAUGAAUCCCGUUCUUGGAGAAGAUGAAACUUGAUAUUGGAAAUGUAUAAUUUUAGGAAUAUAGUUCAAGCUACAUCUUUUAAACAUUUAUUUAAGGAAGUUGACGAGCCAAAAAAAGCUUUACUUUCUUUUCAAACCACACGAUUUAAAGUGAGCGAAGUUUGUUACAAAAACAUUUCGGAUAUAGAGCUGUGAUACUAAGCUAGCCAAAGGCCCAGUAACUUUUUACAUAAUUAUCAAGCUCACCAGGGUGGUGAUUUUUUUUCUAUUUAAGAAGGAUAAAAAUGGGGGGGGGGGGGGGGGAAUUAGUAUUUUCUUGUCCUCUUUUUGUGUCACCUGUGUUACCUUGUUUUGGUUUUUUUAUAAUGUGAUUGAUUUGUUAGUUUAUAAUUGAAAAGAUAUUACAGGUUUUAUUUAGCAAUAUUAUGGGGUUAGGGGAAAGACGCAAACUUUCAUUAAAUGUUAUGAAAGAAAAAAUUGCCUCUUGCUAAUUGAAAAAGGGUAGCAUUUUAUUUCAUAUGAAAUCACUUAUUGCAGGAAUUAUUUGUGGCUAGAUUCAUAAAUCUUUUAUUUUGGUAUGUUUGAAAGCCACAUGGUUUUUAUGUUCUGCUUUUUGUGAGAGGAGAUGGAAGAAGCAAUUUAACAGGGUAUUAUUAUAAUAUUGUCUAGUUCACUCUGUUUCUUCAAAUUCUGCUUCACAGAAAACAUCAGCAAUGACAUGUAUUUGAGUGAAUUUUCACUUACUGUUGAUUUUCCUCUGUAGUUUCAGUAUAAGGUUCAAGUUUAAGUUAGACUGUCUGUUUACUGCAUUUCAGUAUUUCUGAGCAUGAAUGUAGUAAGUUUCAUACUUCCUCAAACAGAAAAACAACUGGCAGCCGCCCACCAGCCGGUAGAAACUCUUCCUCCUCUCCCUGUUACCCAACUCUUUGUUUAUGUUCAAACCAAAUCCAUGAAGCGCUCAGAGCAAAAUGCUUUUUAGCCAACAGAAUGUCAGUGUCCUGCUCAAAGACUGGCGUUAAACCAGUGCUUGAAGGGGUAAGGCUUCAGAGGAGUGUUCAGAGCUGGUUUUGGAAGGUUAUUAAUUUCUCUCCAAGGUAGUUUUGUUCAGACCCACUUAAGAUGGUGAACACCAUUACGUUGUCAGUUGCCUUACUGUUGUACUGUUUUAAACACACACACACAGACACCCCCCAGAAAUGGUGUAUAUUCUGCUAGAAAUGAGGAUAACAAGUUCAGAUGCUUGAGCCAUGUAUCUUAACUGUUACACGGCUCUUGCAGAUCACGAACGUGUUACCUAGUAAGCAUUUUCCUUGAGUCUGUCCAUUUGUACCGUACACUUUUCAGUACAUUUUAUGUACGUUUCUAUCCCGAAUAAACAGAAUGUCGGUGCAAAAAUGCUCUCCUCCUUUGAAUAAUUAGUUUACCAAUAUAUUUCCCAGCAAGUUCAUGACUGAAGAAGUACACACAUCCAAACCUUUAAGUUACAAUGGCUCUGAACUUGGCUAGUGGCGUGUAGUUGAGCAUGCCUUUGGGUUGACUGUUCCCCUAACUUUGUUAUCCUUUUGCCGUGGUGGUCUAUCAAAAGUCAAACCAGUAUAAUUUUCUAUUUCCUUGUCAGUUGAAGGGAAUAUGUCUUUCAGUAUUCUGUCCCUUCAAGUUGAAACCUCACCUCUCUAAAUAAUUAGGACUUCCCUGCUAAUACUGAGGCUAAAUUACAGACGUGAAGAAACGAGGGGAAACCAAUCCUCCAUACUUAGAAGAAUGUCUUGCUUUUCUCCCAUCAUCUCUAAUGGGUUUUUUAUUGUCUGUGGCUCAGUCAGUGUAUAUUUUGAAAAAUCCAUUGCAGCAAACAUAUUUGAGUCCUGACCGUUUAAAAAAAAAAAAGAUAGAGGGAACAAAAGGAUUUAUAUAUUUUUUUGUACAGAGUUUUUUCUUAAACUGUAUAAUUUUGUAAAUAUUUUGCUUUUUUGUGUACUAAAACUACCAGCGUGUAGAUUUCAAUAAGAAUUGUUGUAUUUUUGUAUUUGGAAAAUGAAAAUUACAGUGAAUGAAUGAAGCUGUAAGAAAAAUUGCAGUAGCCUUUGACACACGUAGAAUGGGAUUCCUUUUCAUAUGGUUUUAGCUCUAAAGUGGCACCUGACUGGCACACUGUGUUCAGGGACACUUGCCCUUGCCCGGACACGCUGGCUGUUUGAGUUGGACGAGGUAGGAGGGAAGCGAGUGCAGUAGCUUUAUUUAAUGAUUUUUGAGAGCUUCAUAAGAUUUCUUCUUUCCCUCCCCCCCCCCCC